AUGGGCGACUUCAAUGCUAAGAUAGGUAAACCAAGACACGAGGAAUUCUUGGUUACAGAACCAUUUGGUCUUGGUACAAGAAAUGAAAUAGGCCAAAAAUUGAUAGAUUUCGCUCUAGAAACUAAGACUGCAAUAAUGAACACAUACUAUUAUAAGAAACCAAACCGCAGAUGGACAUGGCGUUCACCAAGUGACAAAUAUAAAAAUGAGAUCGAUUACAUUCUAUCUAACAUACCACAGAAGUUUCAUAAUGUGGAAGUUCUAAAUAUCAACUACCCAUCAGACCACCGGCCAGUGAGAGCAACUAUAUCUCUUGAAAAAAUUAAAAUAUCCAGGACUAGAUACAAGACCAAGCAGUGUGCGAAUCUAAAAUACGAAAGCGAAAUACUCCGAUUCAGAUAA